GCUAGGCGAGGGUCAGGCUAGCGGGGAUGGCAUUUGGAGCUCUGUAGUGAAGGUGAGGUGGAGGAUGAGAGUUGCUCAGUCUCGGGUUAGAGACACACUGCAACCCACUUGCACAGGUUUAUACAACUGGAGGUAAUAACAGAGGAAGAGGAGCACCCAAUACAGACAUAUUUUGGAUUAACUACGAGUCUAAUUUCUAAGACCUUAAGUGUUUUUUUUUGUUGUUGUUGUUUUUUAUUUUAAUUGUGUUUUAUUUCAUUUUAUGAAAUAACAAAACAUACCAAAACUGGCGUAAUAAUCGUCGAGAAAUGUCUCAGAGAGCAAGAAGAAACGGUUCGCCCACUUCAGGUAGUACUUCAUCUUCUUCAGUCGGCAGUGGUGGAGGAGCUAGUAGCACCAUUAGUAGUAAUACUGGUGGUGGCGGAGGGGGCACUUCUGGGUGUGCGGGAAUGGGGACGGUUAGCCGUUUGCUUCCCAUGAAGGCGACGGUCCCCUUCCAACUGAAGCCGCAACAGCAGGCGCAGCCAACCCAGCAGCAACAACAAGGCAGCAGCCCCACGCGCAACAACAACAGUGGAGAGACUGGCACGCGCACGUCCUCGCGAAACAGCAGAAGCCCCACUCGUGCUGCCAACAACUCCUCCUCCUCGUGCAGCAGCCCCACAGUUGGCACGCAGACUGGGACGUCUUCGCGCAACAGCCCCACGCGAAGCACGAGUGGAGGGGGCGGGUCUACUUCUCGGGGCAGUCCCACGCAGCAUGCGACGUCAGGCUCUGCUUGGGGUAGCCCUACGCGACAACAACAACAACAACAACAACAACAACAACCGUCACAGCAGCAGCAACAAUACAAUACUAAUACAUCGUUGCACCAGCAGACUCAGCACUCGGUUCAGCCUCAAGGCUCCCCUUGCUCUUCUCCCACCCAAUUACUGUGGGUCCCGGAUACACUGCUGGCCGCAUCAACGGUGUCGGCUGCUUCGGCGUCCUCCUCCUCCUCAUCAAACUCAUCAUUGUCCUCAUCAUCAGGUGGAAGAGUCAGACAUCACCGGAGGUCUCCCGAACACAAAAGCUCCCCCGAGAGGAGAAGCCCCAGCUCGCCAGGGUGCAAAGAAAGACCACGCCAGCCUUCUGUCAGUCCCUCCAAUAAUAAUAAUAUCCGUCGCACCUCUUCUCUGGACACCCUCGCUGCCCCCUACCUCUCCGGACACUGGCCGCGGGACAGCCAGGGGCAGUGCGCACCCUGCAUGAGGGACAAAGCCACACAGACUCCCAGUGCCUGGGCAGAAGAAUGUUCCGAAAAGAAGAAAGGCUCUCACAAGCGCUCGGCAUCCUGGGGAAGCACCGACCAGCUUAAAGAGAUUGCAAAGUUGCGUCAGCAACUUCAGCGCAGCAAACACAGCAGCCGACACCACCGUGACAAAGACCGUCAGUCUCCUUUCCAUGGCAACCACACGGCUAUCAACCAAUCACAGGCUCCCAUUCCAAAGACCGUUUUGAUCCCCAUCCCAAUUUCCAAGUCAACAGUGUCGAGAUUCAGGAACAGCGUGGAGGGCCUCAACCAGGAGAUCGAGCGCAUCAUCAUCAAGGAGACUGGGGACAAGGAUGAGCAGCUUAUUCCCCAGGACAUCCCGGAUGGGCACCGGGCCCCACCCCCCCUGCCCCAGCGCAGCAGCAGCACGCGCAGCAUCGACACGCAGACCCCCUCGGGGGUGGAUAGGAGCAGCAACAGCAGCAGCCGCUCGCAGUCCAUCUCGCCCACCUUCUUCACCAUCUCCAACGAGGGCAGUGAGGAGAGCCCCUGCUCUGCUGACGACCUGCUCACCGACGGCAGGGAGAAAGACUGUGGAAACAGUUCCCCACUUCCCAAGUACGCCUCAUCCCCAAAGCCGAACAACAGCUACAUGUUCAAACGAGAACCUCCGGAGGGCUGUGAGAGGGUAAAGGUCUUUGAAGAAACACUACCCAGGCAGCUACAUGAGAUUCCUCCAUUCUACUGUCCAGACAAAAACAAAGUGAACUUCAUCCCCAAGAGUGGCUCUGCCUUCUGCCUGGUGAGCAUCCUCAAACCCCUCCUGCCCACACAGGACUUGACAUUCAAGGGCUCCGGCCACGGCCUGAUCCCCGCAGGCAUCAUCCCCACUGUGAUGCAGCCCAUUCCCAUGGCAACUCUGCCCAGCAACGGGGAGCAGGAGCGCAUCUCCCGUGGAACCAGCACAGCCAGCCAGCAGCCUUUGCUCCCCAGGCACGUCGAGGAGCCAGAGAGCUAAAAUCUAGCAUCCCUGGCAGGCAGAGCACCAGAACUACGUUUCAUCAGCAUCACCUCUCCUUUCUCAACAUGUUGCAUAUCACUCAACUGAAUGUACUCCAUUUCCAGGUGCUGAUACCUGCAGUUUCUUUUUGAACACAGGUACAGUUGCCAGAAGAUAUUAAGGAAGUAGUAAGUGGAUAAAGCAUUGGGUUUCUUAAGUAGGAGAACUGUACUCAAGUUCCUCAAGCCUAGUGUUGUCUUUAAGAGAAUAUAGUGUUAAAAUAAAGGGAAAACAAAACAGAAGAUGUGAACUAUAAACCUGUUAACAUUAUUCCAACCAUAACAUUGACUGGGAGCUGCCCUUUAGCAGUGGUGUACAUCAAUCGAUGGGUGCAGGAUGGUUACUGAGACAAAAGUAAAAGGGGCAAGGUAGACCAAAAAGAAAACUUUGAAUUAACAAGAAAAAAAAAAAAUA